AUGGCGCACUUGGCGGAAUUAUCAAAGGAAGAAUUGAUAGCCAAGAUCGAGUAUCUUGAAAAUGCAGCUCGGGCUAAGAUUUCAGCUAUCCCUUCUCAAGAUGGUAUACCAGCCACUAUGCCGAUAGCGCCAACAGCAUCAGCCUCAGCUUCCACUUCAUCAACACCUACACCAGUGCUAGGUGAAAAUGGUAAACCCCUUCGAAAGCACGAACGUAAAGUACUCAAGAAAUCCGACAAACCCUUCUCCUUCCAUUCCCAUCCUACCCGACAUAUCGCCCUGAUGAUCUCAUAUUACGGUUGGCCGUAUUGCGGACUAGCCCUCCAACCUCCCAUAGGCGGUAAACCAGCUGUUGAUACUGUCGAAUCUGAAUUGCUCAAAGCGUUGGAAAAGACUAAACUUAUCGAAGAGGGACAAGGGUUAGAAGGAUGUGGUUAUUCAAGGUGCGGUAGGACUGAUAGGGGUGUCAGUGGACAUGGACAGGUGGUUAACCUCUGGGUUAGAAGCUUGAGGAAGAGGGAUGAUGGUGGUGAACAACUGCCUUAUGAAGUUAGUUGGAAAGAUGCGAGGGAUCCAAUAGAGGUUAAAGUAAAACCACUGCCAAUAGAAGAAAUUGCCGAUACGGAAACGGAUGACAAGAACAAGAAAAAAAAGAACAAGCAGAAAGAAGCAUAUGACACAGUCAAAUCCUCUUCUGGACCCAUCUUAGAAUUCCCAUAUCCCAAAUUACUAAAUUCCGUUCUCCCACCCUCAAUCAGAGUCUUAGCAUGGUCACCUCUCCAUCAAGAAUUCGACUCUAGGUUCUCAUGUUCUUACAGACAUUACAAAUAUGCUUUCCACCUUCGACCAACUCCUACCACCCCUUUAUUGGACUUAGGACUGAUGUCGGAAGGUGCCGGGUAUCUGAUAGGGGAGAAUGAUCAUAGGAAUUUCUGUAAAUUAGAUGGAUCAAAACAGAUCAAAAAUCAUAAACGUACAGUCCUCAAAGCGUAUUUCGAAACCGAUCCUCAAACCAAUGGCGAUAGGAUAAUAUUCAAUUUAGUCGGUACAGCAUUCUUAUGGCAUCAAGUAAGACAUAUAAUUGCUAUCUUAUUCCUGAUAGGAAGUAAAUUAGAAAAACCAGAAAUAGUAAAAGAUUUGUUAGAUGUUGAGAAAUAUCCUUCCAAACCUAUUUACACGAUGGGAGAUCCCUUACCUCUUACAUUAUAUGAAUGCGGGUAUGAGGAAGGUAUACUAGAUUGGAGGUUUGGAGGAUAUGAUGGACCUUACAAGUCACUUACCGAUCAGAGGAAAGAAGAAUUAUAUGCAUGUGCGAUGGGAGGUAGAGAGGGAUUUGAAAGGCAGCUUUUGGGGGCAAGUCAAGAAGCCGAUUUGAGGAGUUGGCAAAUUAACGGGUCGUUGAGGAAGUUACAAGAAGUGUAUGGCACGCCGGCAAAGAAAGAUAAGAAAGAUCAGAUUACUUAUCCUGUAGGUGGAGGAGAGGUGAUCAUAGGUAUGAAUUAUAAGAAAUUGGAGAACAGACCGAGAGGUGAGACGCCAGAUGAAGUUAAUAGGAAAUGGAGGGAGUUGAAAGGAAGAGCAGGUGGGAGAGGUAAGAAGUAUGAAGGGAUGGAUUUGGAUUUGGCAGAGGACGGAGGUGAUGAGUAG